UGGAAGAGGGCUGCUGUGUGUCUGGGUCUGCUGUGUGCUUUCCUGCUGUCUGCCAUCGCUCUUCUCAGUUUCAAAAUGAUGGAGAACAAACAGUUACAGACCAGCUGCAAAGAGAAACUACAGAUGCAGUCAGGUUACGACAACAUGACCAUAGAAUACCAACAGCUACAGAUUACUUACAACAACCUCAAAACAGAGAAAUCCCAACUGCAGACCAGUUACAGCAAACUCAGCAGAGAGAAACUCCAGUUGCAGGGCAGCUAUGAUCACCUAAAUAGAGAAAAAUCAGAAUUGCAAACCAGUAAUGACCGUUUAAAUACAGAGAAAUCAAGUUUACAGAGCAGUCACAAUAACCUCCUCAGCGAGAAAUCACAACUGCAAACAGGAUACAACAACCUAACUGAAGAGAAAUCCCAGUUACAGAUCAGUUACAACAACCUAACUGAAGAGAAAUACCAAUUACAGACCAGUUACAACAACCUGAAUAGAGAGAAAUCCCAGUUACAGACCAGUUACAACAACCUGACUAAAGAGAAAUCCCAGUUGCAGGACAAAUUCCACACCAUGGCUGCCGAGAAGGAUAAACUGCAGAAGAGACUUUGUAACCUGAGAAUGGAGAUUACAAAGUAUGCAGUGGAUGUGACUCUGGAUCCUGAUACAGCUCACAACUCCCUCAUCCUGUCUGGUGAUGAGAAACAAGUGAGGCAUGGUAACUCAUCACAGAAUCGACCUGACAACCCCAAGCGCUUUUCUCCUAUUGUUAAUGUUCUUGGAAAGCAGGGCUUGACCUCUGGUAGAUUUUACUAUGAGGUUGAGGUCAGUGGGAAGACUGCAUGGGCAUUAGGAGUAGCCAGAGAGUCCAUUAACAGGAAGGGAUCCAAUCACCUGUCACCUGUCAAUGGAUACUGGACAGUAUGGCUGAGAAAUGGGGAUUAUAUGGCACUACUUGAUCCUCGUGUUGUUCUCUCCCUUAAAGAGAAGCCAGAGAGGGUGGGGGUGUUUGUGGAUUAUGAGGCAGGUUUGGUCUCCUUUUAUGAUGCAGACAGAUGGAAUCUAAUCUACUCUUUCCGGGGUGUCUCCUUCAAUGAGAAAAUCUAUCCAUUUUUUUGUCCAUUUCUUCAUGAAAAUGGCACAAACUCAUCUCCUCUGAUUAUCGUCACUCCAAUUUUGUGCACAAAAUGACUUUUAUGAACACUUACUAGCUGGUAUUUUAUUAUGUUUUAUUAUUUGUUUGUGCUUUUGCUCAUCACUUGUAAUUAAUUGUGCUCUUGUAUAGAAUUUCUAGUAUUUUUUUCAUUAUUUUGUUAUUAUUCCUUCUCCUUCUUUUAUUCAUUUUUACUUGUUUCAUUUCCUCAUUACUCUUUUCUCCUUUAUUUCUUAUCUAAACUUUUUAUUAAUGUAUUUACACUGGCAAAUGUUGCAACUUAAGUGAGUGUCCACUUAUUAAUCAAUUCUACUGAUUUCAUUUCAGUUCUACUUUAGUUUGUUGUCUCAGUUAUGUUUGAUUGUACAUAUCAUAUUAAACUGAAUGUAGUGACAGGAAAUCAUUCAGAAACUACAACUUUUUAUUGAUUUGAAAUAUAUAAUUCACUCAGUGGACAUAAUAUCACGGCUCUAAAGCAGUUUGGUACAACUCCUGAUGUUUUUCAAUGUGCUAUACAAAUAAAGUUCACUUGACUUGA